AUGCUUAUCGCGCGCGUCCAUGUCCAUAUUCAGGUCCUGGCGGUGCGCGGUGCGCAAUACAAGUAUCGCGGUCACGUCGUGCAUUUCUUGCGGGACGUGGGCAAGGUCUACAGCCAGCUACCAUGCCUUGCGCGGGAUCUUGACGUUAUCAUCUUACGCCCUGCCAACACCGCAAACCACCCGCAUCUCCAGUGCCAGUUUCGUCGUCAAUUUGUUGUGCGCCGCAAGGUCGUCACCGCGUGGCUGCUUUUCUUGCGCGCCCACCACCCCGGCUAUCGAGAUGUUGAGGUGGACCAAGCUGCCUUGCAAGCCCUCCCGGAGCGCGGCGAUCUCAUGGACCAGCUUCCCAUCCAUGAAGUUGAGGAUGCUGCUGUCAACCUCGAGGAUGCUGUUGACUUUGAUGACCAGGAGGCGGCUGCUGUGCCGAAUAUGGUCGUCAGCGAGCGAGAACUUGAUAUGUUGCGCGCUGAGCUUGCUGGUGAGCCUCAUGUCCACAAUCCCAUGGAAUUUCAACCCCGGCGGCAAUCUCCACCUCCAGAUGAAGCACCACCAGCUCAGGACCAUAUCGUCGGCCCCGAGAUUCGCAGCACUCCCCUCAGCGAGUUCAAUCGCUCCCAAGCUCUUCUCUCUCUUGCCUUCCCCUCACUUUACCCGGAAGGCAAAGCUGAAUUUGUGCUCCCGCGGCAGCGCAGUAUCGAAUAUGGCGACUAUCUACAGCAUGCACUGAAAUGGCGUGACGGGCGCUUCACGCGCCACCCCCGAUUUCGCUUCGUCGCCUUCAAUACUCGGAUGAGGCGUCAGAUCAGCGCCAGAAGCGCGUUUUUCGUGAAGCGUCAUGAGCAGCUCAACCCCGAGCCAGUCAAUAUCGACACUUUGAAGGAGGCGCUCCGCAAUGAGACCCCUGACGGCAAACGGCUUCUUGACUCCAUCGUGCGAUGGACGGGCACCUACCACUUUCACCGCCGCCUGCAACUGUUCACCACGCUCGUCAUGAAGCAGAAGUUCAAUCUCACUGAACUAUGGCAACGAUACGAGUGGCAGGGCCGUGGCAGUCCCCACAGCCAUGGCCUAUGCUGGUUCCUUGAAGCACCGCUCCCUGAGAUGACUUCAGAGGCAGCCCGCCAGCAGUUCGCUGAGUUUUGGGGCAUUCACGUCCACGCCGUCAACCCGGAGGCUGGGCGGCAGAUGCCGCCGGGCGAAAGCAACCCGCUACGCGCCAUUCCCACUGUUGACAGUGAGCUGAGCGAAGCUCAGCUGUCCAAGGUUGUCAACCGCGUCCAGCGUCACCACUGCAACACCUCAUACUGCUUACGGAAGAAGAAGACUCCCCGGCAACCCCCGGAUGCGCCUCCAGCACCAGCGCCUCAGAUCAAUUUACUCCCGUCAAAUCGAUUGAGCCCAUCCAACUCGGCCUGCAGGGUGUGGAAAAUGGACUUUGAUGCCACUGAUCAGCGCAUCAAUGAUGCGAUUUGCGCAAUUACUGGCGCGCAACGCGCUCGCGAUGGCCAAGUCAAGGCCGUGAGGCGCCUGGUAUACGAUAAGGACGACGCGGUCCUCAUCGCCGCCACGGGAUACGGCAAGAGUGCGGUCCUGUACGCCUUUUCAGCUUUGACAGACAAGACCACGGUACAAAUCGUUCCGUUGACGAAGCUGGGCGAGAACCAGCGCGAUGAUAUUGCCAGGAACGUCGCAGGUUCGAAGCCGGUAUGGGUUGACGCUGAUACGCAUCUCAAAAACCCGAGAAUCUGGGACCAUAUCCGUAACGGUGUCACGGCACCAAGCCUGACCUGCUUGGGUCACGUGGGCAGCACGUGCCUACGCGACCUGAACCCACACUAG